CCGAGCUCGUGUGCAUGCACGCACACAGAGAUAGAUUUGCAAUAUUGCUCGCAAGACUCUUCGGCCGCUUUGUUCAGGGUAGGAGGAGGAAAAAGAACCCAACUGUCCUGCAACCGCAGAGUUGACGAUAAGCCUUGUUUUGCAACCCCCGCCAACAAAACCUCUGAUCCAUGAGCAGGCUUCGAGAGGAAUAAUAAUAAUAAAAAAUCUACCUCGGAAUGGUGUGCCCCGGAUUUGUUGGGAGGCGAUUCUGAGGGGAACUCUCGUAGCAACCUGUGAGUGCUUGAAUGACACCCGUGCACGGCCAGCGCAAUUGAUGAGCCUGCUUUGGGUGCCUAUUAAUAGACGGUAAAGAUGGGGCAGAAAGUCACCGGCGGGAUAAAGACCGUGGAUAUGAGAGACCCGGCGUACAGGCCCCUGAAACACGAGCUCCAGGGGCUGGAUUACUGCAAGCCGGCCCGCUUGGACCUCCUCCUAGACAUGCCCACCGUCUCCUAUGAGAUUCAGCUGCUGCACUCAUGGAACAACGACGACCGCUCGCUCAACGUCUUUGUGAAGGAGGAUGACAAGCUCAUAUUUCACCGGCAUCCGGUGGCCCAGAGCACAGACGCGAUCCGGGGCAAGGUGGGCUACACGCGGGGUCUCCACGUCUGGCAGAUCACCUGGGCGAUGAGGCAGCGCGGCACGCACGCGGUGGUCGGCGUGGCCACGGCGGAUGCCCCCCUGCACUCGGUGGGGUACACGACGCUCAUCGGGAACAACCAUGAGUCGUGGGGGUGGGACCUCGGGCGGAACCGGCUGUACCACGACGGGAAGAACCAGCCCAGCAAGACAUACCCGGCCUUCUUGGAGGCCGACGAGACUUUCAUCGUGCCAGACUCGUUUUUGGUGGUGCUGGACAUGGACGAUGGGACCUUGAGUUUCAUCGUGGACGGACAGUACAUGGGGGUUGCUUUCCGGGGACUCAAAGGGAAAAAACUGUACCCGGUCGUGAGCGCCGUAUGGGGCCACUGUGAAAUUAGGAUGCGCUACUUGAAUGGGCUUGACCCUGAACCUCUGCCUCUGAUGGACCUUUGCCGGCGCUCCGUCCGCCUCGCUCUGGGCAAGGACCGCUUAAACGAGAUCCACGCACUGCCACUGCCAGAAUCCCUGAAGAGCUACCUUCUCUAUCAAUGACCCCCUCAUUUUGGGGUGGGAUGGACAGACACUCUCACAAGAAGCAAAAGAGAGAGAUGGAUUGGUUGGACUACAGUAUUCUUGGAUAUUUUAUAUAUAUAAAUAUAUAUAUAUAUAUAUAGACAUACAUCAAACUUUCACUCUCCUAAUGUGCUUCAGUCGAUCCCAGCUUGGAUCCACUCCCUCUCCCUAUGCCAAAUUGGGGUCAGGGAGAGAAACCUACAAUACAUGCCUUUCGAAGAGCCCAACCUACUUAAAAGCCAUGUUCUGCCCUCCAGAGAUCUCUGUUGCAAGAAGUCGACACGAUGGAAUUAAAGGUACCAGGUGCUCAGAUGGGGGUACAAGAUGGUUUGCCACAGACCUGAGGAUUUAAUUUUUUUAUUAAAAAAAAACCUGCCCAGCAACGCUUCAAGAAGAAGAUGAUGACACCCAAAAUAUUGCUCCGUGUGGACGUGUUUUUAAAUGAUACUGGAAUAGGCAGCCGUUGUGGGUGUCAAAGAAAUGUCUUAUGCCCUGUAUGCGAAUCCUGCUCCUCUUUAAUUUUGAUUCUGUGUUUGCCUCUGCCUUCACACCACUCAAAUUCCUUUCUUUUCUUUUUCUGGGAAUUCACUUGAACCUGUAGCUUGGGAGUUGGAGAUAAUGGGGGGUUACCAUGGGAUGAAGCUCCAGUAGCUCAGGGUUGGAGACCCUGGAUGUUGUUGUGCUACAGCUCCUA